AAAGACGACUAACAACGGUGAACAACCAACGACCAUCGAUUUCACUUGAGAAUGACGAAUACGGCAUUAAGAGAAGCUAAAAGAGAAAGACGGAGCAAGAAAAGAAAUGAUCCGGUGAAGCCGGUGCACAUUAGCGGCAUAACUACAGGGGUUGCUGAUGAUGAUGAUGAUUUUGAGCCCCCGAUUCAGUCGAUAAUGACAAAGCAACCUCAGAAAUUAAAGGUUAAUAAAAAGCAUACAAAAUUAAGUCUACAAGAUGAUGAUGAUGACUUUGAAGUACCUAUUAGAGACUUGAUAGUCAAAAGGGGUGAAAACACAAGAAAAAGGCCAAAUACUACAACUAACCAAGAUGGUGAUGACUUUGAGCCAGUAAAAAAGAAACAAUCGAAAAACGAAAAGCAGAUGGAUCCUAUCGAGGGGAAACGGAAGAUUACCGAUGCAGAACCUAUUAGGACAGAACCAAGACCGUACUAUGAUUAUCAUCAUGAUGUAAUAAGCCUACGGUGCAGUCCUUCAGGUUUUAUGGAUACAGUUAAGCACUUUACUGAAGCGCAGGUGGCGGAUGUGAAGAGCAUUGGAUUUGGUGAGGUCCUUAAUAUAAAGCUUUAUCAUAUAAGCACACGUUUAGGGUAUUGGCUCGUACGAAACUAUGACGAGCAAUACAGCACACUAAACAUAGGAAAUCACAAGAUAGAAAUCACCCGAGAUUCAGUACAUGACGUGUUUGGUAUUCCAAAGGGUAAUGUUAUUGUACGAGAAAAAUAUAAGCCUAGGAAAGGAGCAAUAGUGGAGAAAAAUACGGCUACUCAAGGCGCAGAAACAACCAUAGAUGAGUUCAAAAACCAGUGGCCAGACACAAACAAAAUUACUCAUACUUUACUUGCAAGAACUAUGUCAAAGCAAACCACUGGCGGACGAUUAUUCAAGCUAAAUUUCCUAGCCUACUGGAACACUUUGUUUGUAGAGAUAACAAAGUCAACAACUGUUAAACAAAGUUUUCUACUUGCAAUUGACAAAGAGGAAGACAUUCCAAAUCUGGAUUGGUGCUCCUUCGUUUUAGAAUCGCUGAAACGAACAAGACAAGGUUGGAAAAAGUUAGACUCACAAUACAAUGGCCCGGUUGCAUUCCUAACGCUUCUAUACAACCAUUAUUUCAACAAAAGACACAAAAUUUUCGAUGAAGCUGGUGAAAAUGCCUGUCAUACAAACACUUCGACGCUGUACACUGACCUUUUCGCUGACAACAUCCCGAUACACGAGGCAGCUGCGGUACAAGAAAACCUCACCGAAUUCAAUACAUUAGAUCAGCGUAUGGAAGAUACGGAUGAGUACAUAAUACCACCAGUGGAUACGACACAUGUCUACAACAGAAGAAACCUGGCUGGAAACCUGGAUGGGGAAGAUCCGAUUGACGAAGGUGACAUACCAUCAAAUACGGAUUGGACACAAACGCAAAAAGAGAUUGACUACUGCAGCACUCCGGUUCAACUAACCGGGGUGAUCUAUGAUCAUGCUGCGUGGGAAGCCUCGAAAAAAAGUAAAAAGGUGUUGUUGAAAACAAUGGACAAUAAUAUAAAGAAAUACAUUUCUCUGGUUUCGGAUAUGAAUAAUCUCGUUAAGGGGGUAAAGGAGAAGUUUUUCUGGGAUGUUGAAAUUAUGGAAAGGUGUAAAAAAUGGAAUGAUGCGGUUAAAAAUACAGUUUCUAAAAAUACAGUUUCGAUACCUGAUGAAGUAAGCUCUGCUGGUGAUGAGGUGGUUCAAAACAAAGUUGGACAGGGUGGCGAAACAAAUCAAGAGUUAGAGGGCGAUGGAGAUGCAAGGGUGGAACAUGAAAACACAGGGAAAGAUAAAGGUAUAUAA